UAUUAAAUGAUGAAUAAGGGAUUAACGAGAGAGUAGAAUGAGUGUUGAAGUGAAGUCUUUGCUAUCCAUUCUGUCGCAUGUAAGCCAUGGCUACGUCGGUAACCGGGCAAUGGUAUUCCCAUUUCAAUUUUCUGGUUGGGAUGUUGAUAGUAUAAAUACCACCGACUAUCUGAAUCAUCCAGGAUAUAGGAAAUUCAAGGGUAAACCUACUAGUGCGGAAUUAAUAACCGACUUAUUUUUAGGGUUGAAGGAUAUUGUUGACUUUAAUGAAGAGUAUGAAAUCAUAUUGACGGGAUAUUCGCCAAAUGAUCUUAUAUUGGAGAUAAUUUAUCAACAGGUGAUGUCGAUUUACAAUAACAGCAAUAAGAAGAAGCCGGUGUGGAUAGUUGAUCCUGUUUUGGGGGAUAACGGUAAACUAUAUGUUCCAGAUACUGUUGUACCGAUAUAUGAGAAAAUAUUGGCUAGUGGAGAAGUUAAUCUUAUAACCCCUAAUCAAUUUGAAUUUGAAGUAUUGAGUGGUGGUAAGAAAAUACGGGAUUGGGAUUCACUUAAGCUUGCAAUCGAGGCAUUCGAGUCAAAAUACAAUAUACCAAAUUUCGUCAUAUCUUCAAUUAUUAUUGAAGAUAAAAUGUAUAGUCUUGGAUAUCUGCAUCAAAAGUUAUUCAUUGUACCAAUUGAACAGAUUGAUUGUAAUUUCAAUGGAUGUGGAGAUGUCUUUACUUCCUUACUUACAAAUGCAUACUAUAACAAUCAAUAUCAAUUAACGCCCCAAGUUUUAACUCUGGUUCUUAUUAAAUUGAAUAAAAUUUUACAUCAUAGUUUAGAACAAGAACAUUUAAAGAUUGGAGGUGAGAUUAAAGAUAUUAAAUUGGUUAAAGAUAUUAGAAUCAUUUCCCUGAGACAUGUAUUGUUGGAAGACGAAUCCAACAAUCCUUUGUUAUCCAAAGUAAUCAAGCAUAUAUAUCACCAUGGAGCAGGAGAGAAGAAUUAUCGAGUACAUCGUCGAUUAGAUAUCACACCGGAGUUUAUUUCGAAUCAACCAGAUGAUAUUGAGGUAGAGGAUAUUGAGAGUGAAGACUUACAAGCCAUUUAUAACGGGAUGGACUGGCCCAAGGUACAUUGGGGGAAGAAUCCAUGGACCAUUGAUCUUAAUAUCAAACAUGCUCCGGGAUUAGCUAAAAGAUUGAAAGAGCGUCAUACCCCCAAUUUUAUUGAACUGUAUUUGGAAUAUGCAAUGAGGAUAAGGGGCAAUCCGUCGCUACUUAACAAGAUUGGAUUAGAGUGGGAUCCGGAAGAAGAGAUCAGAAUCCCCGAUAUGAAAGAUCGAGAUACAAUUGUUAAUUUAGCAACCAUAUCGCUGAAUGCAUACGUUAGGUUCCCCCAGAAUAAAGAAGAAAAGAAAAAACUGGAUUGGAUAGAUGUGGGAGGAUGGGAACCGGAUGAAAAACACGACGAUAUUAAUUUUGGUUGGGAGGAUAUUGGAUUAAGAGGACACAUCUUUGUUAAUGAAGAAGACAAAAUUGUCGUUAUUGGAAUUAAAGGAACCCUGGGGGCAGGAUUACCGGGAGGAGGAAGUGACGAAACCGGGAAUAACGAUAAAACCAACGAUAAUUUAUUAUUUCUGUGUUGUUGUGCCCGAGUUAGUUAUAUGUGGACCACUGUAUGUGAUUGUUAUGAGAAAACCUACACCUGUAAUCAAGAUUGUUUAGAAAAAGAAUUAAUGAGAAAAGAUCGAUACUAUCAAGCUACAAUUGAUUUAUAUAAAAACGUCAGUUCAAUCUAUUCAACAGAAGAAUAUGAAAUCUGGGUCACAGGACAUUCAUUAGGAGGAGCAUUGGCGUCAUUAUUAGGUAGAACAUUUGGAUUACCGGCAGUUGCAUUCGAAGCACCAGGAGAAAUGCUAGCCAUGAAAAGACUUCAUUUACCCCAAGCCCCCGGCAUCCCCAAACACAAGGAAAAUAUAUGGCAUAUUGGUAACACGGCUGAUCCAAUUUAUAUGGGGGUUUGUAAUGGAGCACUGUCAAGUUGCAACGUAGCCGGAUACGCAAUGGAAACCGCUUGUCAUACCGGGAAAGUUUGUGUUUAUGAUGUUGUUACCGAUAAAGGUUGGAGAGUCAAUUUACUAAAUCAUCGAAUACAUACCGUGAUCGAUGAUAUAAUAUUAACUUAUAAUGAAACAGCCGCCUGUGUGGAACAACCUCCAUGUAGAGACUGUUUCAACUGGAGAUACUCCAGUCAUGACGAUAAUGAACCAGACCCUCCCAAACUCCCCAACCCGCUAAAACCAAGACCCCCAAGCACUACUGCUUCUACCACCAUCACCUCCUCCACCACUACAAGUGCCACCAGCUCUACAGAACCAACCAAGAAAUGCUUGGAGAGAACCUGGUACGGUUGGUGCAAAAAAUGGCAGGAUGAUUAAAACGGGUAAAGUAAACGGUUUUGCAUCUUUUUUCGAACAGGGUCAUAGAAAUUUCAUUAACUAGAAAUGAAUUGUGUGCGCACACGCCCGGUACCCGACUCCAGUCCAUACCUUUGAAAUUUCUGGCCUGCACAAUGGCCGGAUUUGUUUUUCUUUUGAGUGGUUUGAGCUGUUGUUGUCUUUACUGAAAAGGGAAAGCUCAUUAUACCUGAAUGACUUUUAGUGUAUGACAUUUACAUGAUAUUUUUUAAUUGUUUACUUAAAAACCUAUUUAAAUAUAACAUUAAUUAUUACCAUU